AUUUAUAGAUUAGAAAACUUGUGCAAAAAUACAAUAUAUCGACGAAAUAACAUUAUUAUUACAAUAAUAUUUAUAGAGAAAUUAUUUAAAAAAAUACAAAAAACAGUGUUUUCGUGUAAAAUAAACACUUAUAAUUGUUAUAAAAGUGUGUUUUAGUGACAGUUCGAGAUUUAAAAUGUGUUUUUGUGACGGAAAAGUUGAUGUGUUAUUUUGAGUGUGUACAUUUGUGAUUAUGUGACGUCGUGAGUGCUAAUUGUGGUGUGUCGUGUGGAUCAACAAUGAUUUUAAGGAUCAUCGUGUUCUGCUGCAGUAUAAUAUUUUCAUCAGCGAACAACUCGAAAGCAAGAUGUCUGACCGGGUACAUGACGGAUGUCCAGAACUGGGUGGACCAGCAUGGAAACUUAAUCACAUCACCAGCGGAGAGACAGAACUCAAUAGACCUGUCAACGAAUGUGGACCCGGUGAAAAUGUUGCACCAACACAUGGGCAUGUUGAAGUCAUCACAUCGGUACGUCAAGUACCUCAGUCUCGCCAGGUGUGACCUCACCAGGGUGCCGCCGAUAUUCCUGUUGGAAGACAUGCAGCGAAGACAGUUGUCUGCCAUGGUGGAAUACAUGACAUUCUAUGGAAACAAGUUCCUAGGGAUGAGCGCCGCUGGAGAGCACUACACCCUGAGUUUCAACGCUACAGGAGCUACUAUUAUGAAUUUGGGAACCUCGCCGCAGACUCAAGCCGAAAACAUCUGGUCAUCCGGCUUUUCAGCUGUGAACUUCACGAAACUCAAAGAGCUGGACUUAAGAGCGUGCUCAAUCCAAGUUUUAGGACAGAACCUAUUUAAAGGCAUGAGCGAAUUAAGAGCUCUUUACAUCGGAGAGAACGAAAUCUUCUACAUAGACUCUACCGCAUUUGCUGGUCUAAACAAACUAGUACACCUAGAUUUUAGCAGAAACCAAGCAUUUGAUGAGAAUGGAAACCCAAAAAACCUAGCCACCGAAAGUUAUUACGCUUUCCAGCAUUUAAACCUGAUAUCUCUGGACCUAUCAUUCACGAAACUGACGCAAAGGAACCUUGGCAUGUUAAAAAGCCUUGGGAAAAGCCUCAGAAGUUUAUCCCUUUGCGAAACAGGACUAAACAAUCUUCAUGCUGAUAUAUUCUUAACGACCUCACUACAAAUUCUGGACGUAUCAAGAAAUAACGGGAUACUACAAGGCACGAAACCUUUGAAAGGCAUUGAAGACUCCCUAAUAGUUCUAUACGCCCAAGAAGUUGGUUUAAACACGAUGGAUAUAUUCCAAAACUUCACUAAACUUGCUAUACUGCAAUUAGCAAACAAUGAAAUAAAUAACAUUGAAGCAAGUGCAGUGAGAAACCUGAGACACUUAAAAGUAUUAGACUUAAAUAAGAACAGAAUUAAUUCCUGGUUCAAUAGAACUUACUCAUUAAUGCCAGAACUAAGCUACUUAUCACUCAAAGACAAUAACAUAAACUUAAUUACCGAAGAAAUGAUUGAAGAUUUAAUGUACGUGGAUUAUUUGGCUUUGUCAGAAAACUCUCUAAUCUGCAACUGUCAUUCCAAAGACUUGUAUAAAAUGGCAGCUAAAAACGAAAUGUUGUAUAAAGAAGUGUUUGUCCAUCAACCAGAAACAGGGCUACAUCAGAACGCGUAUGACACUUACAAUGAUAUAAUAAGGAAUAGGAACAAAGUGGAAUUGAAUGAAUGCGAUGAACAAUGCUAUACAGAUAUAGGAAUUUCAGGCACAUUUAGAUUCGUCGAUUAUUCAAAUGAUACGUAUAUCUGCUUGCCUUUUGGAGAAAGCAAGCCAGUGCAGAUAGCUGAUGUGUAUAGUUGUGGAAGAGCGUCAAGGGAGAAGACUUAUGAGCAAGAAUUGAAGGAUGGGAGGUUAAAACUCCUGGCCUUGUUAACGCUACCCUGUGUGAUGAUUAUUGUCGGAAUGAUAUACAUGUUUAGACGUCAUAUCAGGUAUUUUUAUAUUACAAUGAGAAACUCUGCGAUGCUUAGCUUGAUCAAUAAGAAAGAUGUUGUUGAUGACAACACAAUCUUCAACUACGAUGUAUUCGUUUCCUACUGCAACGAGGAUCGAGGGUGGGUGCUGGACCAUCUCCUGCCGCACAUGGAGACCGAGUGCAGCAUCAGCGCCUGUCUGCAUGAGAGGGACUUUCUUGUGGGCCUCUCAAUCCUGGAGAACAUAGUCUCCUGCAUGGACCGCUCCAGGUCCAUCAUGCUGAUCCUCUCCCAGAGGUUCCUGCUCAGCCAGUGGUGUCAGUUUGAGAUGCAUCUCGCUCAACACAGACUCCUAGAAACCCGCAGAGAAGACCUAACCCUGAUUCUUCUGGAGGACAUACCACGUCGUCUAAGACCAAACACUCUUCACUACCUAAUGCUGACGAAGACAUACAUAGUCUGGCCGAAAGACGAGGCGGAAAGACCAAUUUUCUGGAAAAGACUAAAGAAGACAUUGAUAGCUCAAAAGACCAAACCGUCAGAGAAUGUAUCAUUAGCUUAGGGUCGGAUUUGGUUCUUGAAAAUCUGGUGCUUAAACGAGUGUUCGUCCAUUUACGUACGCAGCGCCCCCUGGUGUGCUACGGGUGUUAUUAAAGCGAUUAGGGUUUAAGAUUUUGAAGUUGAGUAGAUACAAAUUGUCGAAAAGUUUUUGAAAAAUUCUACUUAGCUAAAAUUUUUUUUAUACACAAUCUGUUUUUUGAUUCGUAAAUAUCAUUAAUUUGUCACUUAUGGGAAUCGAUUCUGCGAUAGGUAAGCAGUUCCAUUUGCAACGUUGUCAUUUACUUUUGUGAUUUGGAACGUCACGUCUUUUAUCGCCGAAGCGGUAGGCACUGUAAAAUGUACAUCCACUUUUCACCGUUGUGUUAUAAGUCCCAGGUAAUAGAGGGUGAGUCUAUUGCAAUAUACUGGGCACAAUUCCAGACUCCGUGCUACUACUGUUUUUUAGUAAUAUUUUUUUCUAGUUAUUGAAUAAAAAUUGAUAAAAUGUGAUCCUUUUGUUUUAUCAGAAGAUAGAUACCUAAGUUUGUAUAAUUUAUAAUAAGACAUAAAAUAUAGGUACAAUUUUAGUUAAAAAAGUCAAUGUUAAUGAUUGAACCAAAAAUAUUGUUUAAUAAAAACGAGACAAACCAACAA